CAUAUCAUCUUUUACUCGAGCAUUGUGGCUGGGCACCUUAACGCACCCAUGGCCACCAUCAAUGUCUCGUCAGCUCCUUCUUUCCUCCGCCGUUCAUCUUUCAUAUACUUUUCAUCUAAACCCUCCAUUCUCUCCCUACGCCCCCUUCCCAAAUAUCCCAGGAUUUGGGCCUUGACUAGUAACGAUAUUAGAGUCGGCACCAACAUUGAAGUAGACGGAGCCCCUUGGCGUGUUUUGGAGUUUCUUCAUGUGAAACCUGGAAAGGGGGCAGCUUUUGUGAGGACCAAGAUUCGCAAUUACGUUACUGGAAACACUGUUGAGAAGACUUUUCGAGCGGGAAGUUCGAUUGAAGAGGCAGAUGUAUUCAAGGAAACCAAGCAAUUCACUUACAAAGAUGGUGCCCAGUUUGCCUUUAUGGACCUGAACACGUUUGAAGAGAUUCGUCUUAACGAGAAAGAUAUUGGGGAUAAGAUAAAGUGGCUGAAAGAAGGAAUGGAUUGCAAUUUGCUAUUUUGGAAUGGAAAAGUUAUUGAUUUUGAACUCCCAAUCACUGUUAAAUUGACUGUGGUUGAUGUUGAUCCUGGCCUUAAAGGUGAUACUGCUCAAGGUGGGUCAAAACCAGCAACUCUGGAUACUGGUGCAGUCGUCAGUGUUCCGUUGUUUGUUAAUAUAGGUGAUGAAAUAUUGGUGGACACAAGAACAGGGGAAUACAUGAGCCGUGCGUAAGUCUUGCUUUUGGAGAUUUCUUUCAUUUCCAAAAAUUUUGACGAUCGCUCUCAAUUAGAAUCACGAUCUAUAUUCAUUGAUGCUGAGAUGCACAGCAGGCUUAGCUGGCACAAGAGUUACAAACCUUAAUUUCCUGUUUGAAUUAGUUUAACUUGUUGCAUGUGUAUUUAUUGGAAAGUCUCUUUGGAUACAGUGCUUUUCAAAGAAAUUGUAUUGUUCUCAUAAAUGAAAUGAAAUGAAAUACCAGUUUAAGUUUGAGUUA